GUGUGUGUCAUUUUUUGAGCAACAACGCAACGCGGCUUGCUUGCUUGUUUUCAGUUUUUGAAUUGAUACUUGUAAUUAUGAAUAAUUCUUACUAAAUAGUGCAAGUGCAAUUUAUAUUACGCUUUGUUAUAAGUAAAUUAUUUUACAUAAUACAUUUUAGCGAUAAUGGCUGGAAGAGCCAAAAAAGCUGCAGCAGCCCCUAAAAAAAAUGGGUAUAAAAUGCCCGCUCCUAUUCCUGUUGGAGAAGUUAUUCACAAUACGAUCGCCAAAAAGAAGUGGCGGAUAGGGCCAUCUAUUGGUGUCGGUGGUUUUGGGGAAAUAUACUCUGCGUGUGAACAUGAAAACUCGCCCAAGAAGGGGUCUAACUAUCCGCUUGUUGUGAAGAUUGAACCACAUGAAAAUGGGCCUUUAUUUGUUGAAAAACAUUUUUAUGUCAGAAAUGCAAGCAGUGAAGAAAUAUCUAAAUACAUGAAGGCCAAAAAGCUGAGUAGCUUAGGAAUGCCAUCAUAUUAUGGAAAUGGAUCACAUGAGUACAAAGGCGAGAAGUACAGGUACUUAGUGUUGGAGCGCUACGGCAAGGAUGUGUGGAGCAUCUUCAAGGAGAGCGGGCGCUCGUUCCCUCCUGCUACCGUGUUCCUUUUAGGUUUGCAAAUGCUAGAAGUUCUAGAAUAUAUACACAGUCGAGGCUAUGUGCAUGCAGACAUCAAAGGAGCUAACAUUCUCAUGGGCUUGCGGAAGGGCACAGAGAACCAAGCAUACCUUGUUGACUUCGGAUUGGCCACACGAGUUAAUGAGAAAGACUUCAAGCCUGACCCUAAGUCUGCACAUAAUGGCACUAUUGAGUAUACAAGCAGGGAUGCUCAUCAAGGAGUGGCAACUAUGAGAGGAGACCUGGAAAUCUUGGGUUACAACAUGUUGCAGUGGCUGGUAGGAGAAUUGCCUUGGGAAAAGUCCCUCAAGGUGCCAAAGACAGUGCAAGACAUGAAGGAGGCAUUCUUAAAGAAUGUGCGGAGUAACAUCACAAAGCAGUACAGCAAUGUUCCUGAUGCUCUGAUCAAAUUCUUUGAAUACAUAAACACAAUGAAACCAAAAGACGUACCUGAUUAUACAAAAUGUCGGCAACUCUUCGAAGGCUAUCUUAAGAGUGAAGGGAAGAACAGAAGUAGCAAACUGGAUUUUUCACCGAACAAAAAGGGAAAAACAAAUAAGAAAUUGUUAGAUGAUGAAGAUGCCACAGAUAGUGAUGUUGGUAAGAAAAAGAAAGCAAAUGGUGUAGCACCUAAAGUAGUUAAGCGAGGCAGGAAACCAAAAGCAAAAGAAAUUAGCAAAGACACUGAAUCUGAUGAGGAUGCAUCUGAAGAUGCAGAUUCUGCAGAAGAAGAAGUUGUUCCAAAGAAAGGCAAACAAAACGGGUCUUCACCAAAAGUUGUGAGAAGAGGUAGAAAACCAAAAGCAAAAGAAUCAAGUCCCGAAAUUGAAAAUGAAGAACCUAAUGAAAGCACAGAUGCUAAAGUAGUUAGUAAAAAGAGGAAAUCCUUGGAACCAGUUCUUUUGGUCAAAAUGAAAAAAGCAAAGCUUGCGCCGAAAGCGACGCCACCCGCCAAAAAGAACCAUGCUAACAUAGCGACGCAGACCUCGGGAGGUAAAUGUAGAAGGAGUCCCAGACAAGUGUCGUUUGACAGUCCGAUUUGUGAAAUUAUUGGCGAAAAAAAGCCCCUCAAGAUAUCCAAAGACGAUGAGUCUGUGAAUUCAAGUGGAGACAUUUUCGAUGACUCAUUCACCAUAGAAGAGAAACGUAUAAAGCCCAAAAAGAGACUGUUGUCUGAUGAAGAAGUGGUGGUUAAGAGAGUAGUUAAAAAGAAGGUCACCACAGUAAAGCCGAAAGGUAGGUCGUAUAAAGACUACCCCACAAUUAUCAAUGGUAGAUCACCGCCUAAGUGAAUUGAGUGAGUAUUGAUAAGAAUAUGCUCAAAACCCAUGAUGAUCAUAGUAUUGUUAACUGGAAUUAAAUAGUCUUAUCAUUUUAAUUUAUUUGUUUUUAGACGACUCCACCUCUUGGACCAUUUGUGCACAGACCAUUGUAAAUCAGAAUUAAUAAUAAAGAGGCAACACAUUUUAGUAAUAAUAAUAAUGUAACUCAACUAAUGGCCUGUUGUUAAUUUUAAAUCAAUGAACUUACACAUUGCUUGAUUUUUUUAACGAAGUAAUUAAAUCUUUACACACUUUGCUUUUUCUCGCGUAUAUUAAAGUGCCAUGAUAACAAAAUUUAGUACAAAGUAAUAGGCGAUGCUAUCAAAAUUGAUAUCAGCUGUACUGUCACAAAUAUAACCAAACACAAGAUGCAGUCCUCAUUGAAGUUGUAAUUUUAUAUUUUUGUACGGGAUAUGGCACAUCAACCUUAGUUGUAAUAAGGUUACACACAUUACAACAGAUGCUAAACUGUUAGCUCAGGCGCAGACAACCGGCUUUUAUACUCGUAAAUUACACCGAUUUAGUAUCGGCCGAUUCUUCAUACAAAUUAGAAUCGGGCCAUCAGCCAACUCAAAGUCGGUGGUCUGCGCCUAGGCUUAGUCCUGAAAAUUGUAUCGCGUGUUUAGGACUAGAAUAUCGUACUGAAGUUUGUAUUGGCUUAUGUAUUCCAUAUUUGUAAGAAUUUUGUAAUAAAAAUAAAUAGGUACCUAUCAUACAGAAAUGAUUUGUGCAUUGGAAAACAUAUAAAUAAACAUAAUUUUUGAAGAAAAUGUUUUGUGUCAAAUUGAUAAGUUGAAUAUUUUUAUAAUUAAAAUAGGUAGCAAGUUAUAUCUCAAUAAUAGUAUUUUUAUAUGCCAAUGGUUACAUUUUAACGAGUACUUAAUGUAGACAAUCUGUACUCUCUGUUUAUUAUUACAAAACUUGUUUUAAUUCAUUAAUUAUUCUACUAUGAAAAUUGAAAUUGUGUUACCUUGUUUAUGAAUGGUAUGUAUGGUGUUUUGCUGUAACAAUGUUGACAGCCGGAUUAACGUUGAUGCAUUUAAGCGUGGUUGUGUUUCGCUAGUGUUGAAUUUAAUGAUGUAAGUUAUCGUGUACAAUAAAGGAUAUUUCUAAAACGAGGGAUUUCAUUUGAAGUGAAAUAAUCAAACGAAUGCGCAAAUCCAAAGCUUUUAUUUUUAUUUACAAUAUAAUCGUAAUAUGAAAGUAAACAAAAUGUAACCUACUAAAAAUUAGAUUUAGAAAUUGAAUAAUGGAACGCCUUCAGGCGAAGUGGCGCGCGGGGCGCGUGCGCGGGCGUUACAAAAGCUAAACUACACCUAAUUAUCGUAUUUGUGGGUUGGUGAUGUUCUACUCCUACGUCGAUCGACCGUGUGAUAUGAGCGUCUCCGUCACAUAUCUACAAUGGCAGUAUAACAGCGAUCAGCUAUCAUUGACUAAAACACAAAACAAUAGCACCAUUUGUAAAAAAAUAUAAUUUUUCUCAAACACAACAGAACUCCCCUCGGCGACACAUUCGAAUUCGCCACCCGCUGCCGUGUGCAAGCUCAUUCAGCUCUAGUGGUAACGUACGGCUGAAGGAUUAUAUCCAUUAGCUAUAAACAACUUAAUUAAACAGUUUGAAGGUACCCAAGUUGGGUGAACAUUCUAAAAAUAAUCUAAACGCAUUUUAAAUCGCGCAUUGCCAGUUGAAAAGGGACAACUGGAAAAAGUAAAAAACAAAAAUUAGUCCUUCGAUUCGUCGUUACACAAGUGCUGUAUGCUCUACGUAUAAUUUCAGAAAUACAUACAUAUUUCAGUAAAAUAUCAAUAUUAAUUAAUCCAUCUUAUAAAAGGUGUUAUUUUACAAUGUUUCUGGUGCUAUUCCCACAGUACAGCCAGCGCACCGCCAAGAGAACUCGCUUGCACACGGCGAGCAGCGUCCAGUAAGCCCUCGCAGCAUAGCGUGUCAAGUUCGACCGUACAUACUAGAUAUACCUAUUCAUAUCAUAAUAACUGAUCUAAAUGUUACAUAGCUUAUUUAUUUAACCUUAUUAAACCACUAUUUACGCCGUUUACAGGAACAUGUUUAUGCAAAAAUCUGUUUAACUUGCAAUCGGACUAGUAUAGAUUCCCUAAAUAAUCCACUCUCGCCAUCACAUUGGUUGGAGUUUGUAUCUUGUAUACAAUUUUAUUAUACGUUUAUAAGGCCGCAUUCACACUAGCUUUCGAUGUCGCAAAAUACAAGUCUCACCAAUGUAAAUGAAGCCGAAAGCUCCUUUUAGAAUAUGCUAUAUUCGUAUAUUCUCUCAAAUGUGUAAGCAAACCUGCUUUGUGACCUUGCUAUGUUGGCGAUUAGUAUAUUUUUGUGCUAUUUUUAUGUAUAAAAAAAUAAAAUAAUUUGUAUAACAAUUGACUGUAACGAGGCAUAUUUUAAAAGGAGGUUCUAUCAACGUUUUACUAAGAAUAACCAUAAAGACUAUUUCUUAUUCCGUACCCGUCUAUGCUUACUCGGCGCUCGUACCGUCAGCAUCACAAGCAGCCGUUGCCCAAUAACAUCGUCACGAACUCUACCAAACGCAGUUAUAAUUAAUUUUCUGUAAUAUAAUUUGAAUACUUUGGAAGUGCCACUUUUGAUGCUGAUUGUAGAACUCAACGCGCCUUCGCUAUGUGGAAUAAAAGUAAAAGUAUAUUAUAUUAGUUAUAUUACUAAACAUGGUACUAAUUGCGAGGUGGCACUAUCUGCGUAAUGGCUUAUCUAAAGGCUACUCUAGGGAGGUUGCAAUAGUUGUAGCCAAACACCAGUACAUUCCACUAGAUUUUUUUGCAUACACUGCAAAUUAGUUUCGUAUUUUUCUACGACAAUGUCCUAGUUAUUUCGAAAUUUUCCAUAUAAAGUAUACUUAACUUUUUGUGUUGCCUAGAAAGUCGUACUUCAAGUAUUUCUUUAUUUAGCUAAUACCAUAUUCGCUUUGCAAAAAUGGUAUUUUGAUAGAAAAUUUUCCUAAAACUUUGAUCUAAGCGAUACUUCUAUUACAACCUCCCGACAGGCAGCACUCGAGCGAGGCAGCGAUCCGCGACAGCUCCCAAGCUCGCUGUUCACUAGGGCGAUAGACACAAGAAAGCAUCGGAGACAUUUAGCAAACUUAUUCCAGGUGUUUUCCAACGAUAACAUUAUGUUAAUCGAAUCUCAACUUAUCUUAAUUUUCCUUAUCCAUAAUGAUUUGGGUGUCACGUUUUUUCCUGGGUUCAGCGCCCAUCUUGGAUCACGUUCUCGUCAUUAUAACCCUGGUGAACAGCAAGCUUGAUUAUACAAUCAUCAACCUUGAGAAUUACUUCACUUUGGGCUUGAUAUCUUCCAACCAGGAGAGGAGAGUUUUAAUCUACACGUUAAAAAGUAUGCAGUGUUUCUAUAAGAAAGUAUAAUUAUAACAAAAUGAUGAAACAAUAACGGUGGUUCGAUUACCCGUGUUCGAAACAACUUAUUGCAACAGAAAUAAAAAGGAUUCUAUACUCUAACUGUUAGAGUGGUCUAACUGAAGUUUAAGGCUUUUUCUUUUAACAAGAAACAAAAGUAAAAAUUAUGUCUACGACAUAAACAUCUUAGUGUCCUCUCCUCCCCGCCUCGCUGUGUCCGGGGAAUCCCCCGGGACCGCUUCCCUUGACUUUGCGCUAACACAAAACGUUACAUCUACACAAUACAUCUAUUUAGAACUAUCAACUCAUUACAAAAAACCAUUGUGCUGUUUUUUUUAAUGUCUGGCAUACUUUUAAAGCUUACAAUUUUAUUUGAUACCGUAAUAUAACCCGCAGGGCAGAGGGUGCGCCGGCCGCGGGCACGCCGCCUGCCCUGCCGCGCGGCGCUGACGCGGGAUUCACAAUAAAUAACUUUUUUAAUAUAAAAAUUUGGUGUUGACUCAGUCAGGCAUUAAUAAUACAGGUCCCAUUACUUCUUACGUUUAUUUAACAUUUUCGAGCGCGGCAAAUAAGCACAUUAUCUAUGAAACUAAGCUAUUACUGAUGUUAGGAAGUAUUUGAACACACGAGACUAGUCGAAUCGCUUCAGUGUCGGAAUGUAACAUCCAUUUUGUUUAUUUUCUGCGAACGUCUCUAA